CAAUCAGGUAAUUCGUCGACUCGUCCAAUCAGAACGCUUUGGGAUUCUUCCAAUCAGAUGACGCCUUUGUUUGCUGCUCGCGCUUGUAACUCCACUCGAUAGAAAUUCCCGAAAAAAGAGUUGAGGAAAAUAAAACUGGUCACAAAUACGAGACAGGGUGUGUGAGCGAGAGAGAAGCCCGGCUGCGCCGUGAGCAGCAAUGGGUGAGCUUGAGGGCACAUACCGGGCCCUACAGACUCCGGGCACGCGCUUGGGCUCUCAGUUCAACCCCGGAAUCAGCACGCUGGAACCUGGUCAGAGCCUGAACUCGUCUGGGACGGGAGGCAAAGGCAAGUCUCUGCAGAUUCGUGUUCAGGGCCUGGACGAUGCUCAGGAGUUCUACGACGUUGAGGCUAAAGCAGAUGGACAGACCCUUCUCAAUGAUGUGUAUCGCAGGAUAAAUCUCAUCGAGAGCGAUUACUUUGGUCUGGAGUUCCAGAAUGUACAGAUGAACUGGGUUUGGUUGGAGCCCACCAAGCUCAUAGUGAAACAAGUGAGACGACCAAUGAACACACUCUUUCGGUUGUCGGUGAAGUUCUUCCCGCCCGAUCCUGGCCAGCUUCAGGAGGAAUUCACAAGGUACCUGUUUUCCCUGCAAAUGAAGCGGGAUCUGAUUGAAGGAAUACUGAACUGCACAGAAAACACUGCAGCUCUACUGGCCUCUCACCUUGUCCAAUCUGAGAUUGGAGAUUAUGAUGAUGUUGCAGACAGGGAGUAUCUGAAGCUCACUAAGCUGCUACCACAUCAGGAGGAAUUGCAGGAGAAGAUCAUGGAGUUCCAUCGCAGACAUGUGGGUCAGACGCCGGCCGAGUCUGAUUUCCAAGUGCUGGAAAUUGCCCGUAAGUUGGAGAUGUACGGUGUGCGUUUCCACCCUGCAGCCGAUCGUGAAGGCACCAAGAUCAACCUAUCAGUGGCCCACAUGGGUCUGCAGGUCUUCCAGGGUAACACCAAGAUCAACACAUUCAACUGGUCCAAGAUUCGCAAACUGAGCUUCAAAAGGAAGAGAUUUCUUAUCAAGCUGCACCCAGAGGUCCAUGGUCCUCAUCAGGACACGUUGGAAUUCCUGAUGGCUAGUCGUGAUCAGUGCAAGAUCUUCUGGAAGAGCUGUGUGGAGCAUCACGCCUUCUUCCGCCUUUUUGAUCAACCACAACCCAAAGCCAAAGCAGUUCUGUUUAGCAGGGGAUCUUCCUUCAGAUACAGUGGGCGUACUCAGAAGCAGCUGGUGCAAUAUGUUAGGGAUAGUGGUGUGAAAAGAACACCCUACCAGAGGAGGAACAGCAGUAAGAUCCGGAUGUCAACUCGCUCCUUAGCCACUGAUUUUCCUAAGCAGAGCCUGUUCUUCAAUGACAGCCAUAAGAUAUGCAGUUCUCCCCCAUCUGCCACUGUUUCCUUCCACUCUCUGCACUCUUCCAUCUCUCCUGUAAGGAUGGAUAACAAUAGCAAGCCUCAAAUCCAGCAGAUCCAGCACAUCCCAUCUCUUCAGCAGCCUGUGAGACCACCUAGCCCUGUGAAGGAGGAGCCUGCAAAGAUCCACCCUCCAUCUAACUCAGCCUUCCCAGGUCCCAUAAUGGACAGCCCCCAACUGUCUCCCUUUGGGUCCAAGUGUCCUCUGAGUAUGUCCACGUCCUUCCAGAUGUCCACACUCAGCCUGCCGAGUCAGGCACCCUCAAGUCCUGUUCUCAACGAGGGAGGCAGCGCCAGGCUGGAGGAGGAAGAGGAGCUUAGGAGGAAGAGAUAUCCCACUGAUAAAGCUUACUUUAUUGCCAAAGAGAUUCUGAUGACCGAGAGGACGUACCUGAAGGACCUGGAGGUUAUCACAGUGUGGUUCCGCAGUGCAGUGAUUAAAGAGAAUGCCAUGCCUGAAGGCCUGAUGACUCUCCUUUUCUCCAACAUUGACCCCAUCUACGAGUUCCAUCGAGGCUUUCUCAAAGAAAUUGACCAGAGGCUGGCUCUCUGGGAGGGUCGCUCUAAUGCUCAUGUGAAGGGAGAUUACCAGAGGAUUGGUGAUGUCAUGCUGAGGAACAUGUGUGCCCUGAAGGAGUUCACCAGCUACUUGCAGAAGCACGACGAGGUACUGACCGAGCUGGAGAAGGCAACGAAGCGUGUAAAGAAGCUGGAAACGGUGUAUAAAGAGUUUGAACUGCAGAAGGUGUGUUAUCUGCCCCUCAACACCUUCCUCCUCAAGCCCAUCCAGAGGCUCAUGCACUACAAACUGAUCCUUGAACGCCUGUGCAAACACUACUCCCCCGAGCACAGGGACCACCACGACUGCAAAGAGGCCCUAAAGGAGGUGGCAGAGAUAACAGCUCAGCUGCAGAGUAGCCUCAUUCGACUGGAGAACUUCCAGAAACUGACAGAACUGCAGCGAGACCUGAUCGGCAUUGAGAACCUCACUGCUCCUGGCAGGGAGUUCAUAAGGGAAGGCUGUCUUUACAAGCUUACAAAGAAAGGCCUGCAGCAAAGGAUGUUCUUCCUGUUUUCAGACAUGCUCCUUUACACAAGCAAAGGCGUAACAGCAACAAACCAAUUUAAAGUUCAUGGCCAGCUUCCCCUCCAUGGCAUGCUUGUGGAGGAGAAUGAAAAUGAGUGGUCGGUUCCUCACUGUUUCACCAUCUACUCAGCCCAGAGGACCAUCGUGGUGGCGGCCAGCUCUAAAGUAGAGAUGACUAAGUGGAUCGAGGACCUAAACAUGGCGAUUGAUAUUGCGAAGAAGUCACAGGAGAAAUCAGAUAUAUUUCUCGACCCAAGUCUGUGUGAUCGCUCCAACAGGUCAUCUGAUGAGGUGUCGUUGGAGCAGGAGUCUGAGGACGAUGUGAACUCAUCCCGCUGCUCUCUGGACAAACAGAGUCACCAUCGUGCCAACACCACCAUGCAUGUGUGCUGGCACCGCAACACCAGUGUCUCCAUGUCUGACCACAGCCUAGCCGUGGAGAACCAGCUGUCUGGCUACCUGCUGAGGAAGUUUAAGAACAGUAACGGCUGGCAGAAAUUGUGGGUGGUCUUCACCAACUUCUGUUUGUUCUUCUACAAGACACACCAGGAUGACUUUCCUCUGGCUAGCCUGCCUCUGCUGGGUUACACGGUCAGCACACCCGGGGAAUCAGACAGCAUUCAUAAAGAAUAUGUCUUUAAGCUGCAGUUCAAGUCCCAUGUUUAUUUCUUCAGGGCUGAAAGCGAAUAUACCUUUGAAAGAUGGAUGGAGGUGAUAAAAAGUGCAGCGAGUGCUGUUGGCAGAGUGAGUCUGCUCAUCCCUAAAGGCCCAGAAGAGAUGAAUGGGAACUGAAGCUUGAAAGUGAGGCUGGUUGUCCUCCUGGAGCUCAGGGCUGGGCCCUGCAGACUGCCAUGAGUCUACACUAUUAUUUUAUUUAAUCCUCUUUGUCUCAUUGCUCAUAAUGCCAUUAUCUUCAACCUUUCUUCUGAAUGGAAACGGAAGAAGUCGGGGGGCCGUCUAAUAACUGGUUACUUUUUUUUUUUUUUUUUUCAUCUUUGACAUGUGGGCUACGACCCCUUCAUUUUAAAGUCAUGCCAAGUUCAGUUUUCCAGAAGAGUAAUCUAACCAUAAAUGGCCUAUUAUGUUCUAUUUUGGUUCAUGUGGUCUUGCUACAAUUUCAGCGGUCACAUUGCUAAAAUUGCCAGUUCUUCAUCUCAAAACUAGGAGCUUGUCCCAAACGGUUUUGUCUCAAGCCCAUUAGGACAUCCUGAAUGAGUUUCAAUGUCAUUAAAAGCUCAUUUUGUGUAAUCUUGAUCUCAACCUUUCAUAUUUACGGGAGCACAGUAACAGAAUGUUGCCGAACGGAGUAAUGGACUGAAUCAGGUCUGAAUGGUAGAGUAAGUGAAAAGAUGGAAGAAAGAAGUCUACAGAGCCACAACGGCAUGGACCAGAGGAUAUGGCAGCACUCAGGAGAUGAUCUGGUUUGGAGAACGGUCGUCAUCCUCUGUAAACUGGUGUAAAAGGACAAGGCAUGGUGUUGAAUUAAUGGCAUUGGAAUUAAGAUGAGUGACAGAAUAAUAGGUGAUCUGGUGUGGACACAAGUGAGUAAAGUCCGUUGUUUGUGUGUGUGUGUGCGCUCCUGCUCAGUUCCACAGUCAUCACUGUAAGACUUUAGCGACCUUAUUGUUUCUUAUCCUUUAAUAAAAUGUCUGGUAAUUAAUAGUUA